AUGUCGAGUGACAAGCGCGAAGUGUGGGCCAAGGCCGCUACCGACGAGUUCAAUUCCAUGCGCGACGACUUCAAGGUCUUCACCAUCGAGGACCGAUCCACGGUACCAGCGGGUGCGACCAUCGUCACAUCCAAGUUCGUCUGGAAAACGAAACGGAAUGCACUCGGCGAAGUCACCGGCCACAAGGCACGGCUCGUGGCGCAGGGAAAUCGGCAACGCGACGGCAUCGACUUCAACGAAACCUUCGCACCAGUCGCACGCUUCUCCUCGAUACGCUCACUCCUCGCGCUGGCGGCCGCCAACGGCUUGCACGUGCACCAGGCGGACAUCGACAAAGCCUAUCUGUGA